AUGCUGCUUGAAACUUUUGCAUUAUGUGCGUCUAUUUUACUCGUUAUAUUCGUUUUCAAUAAAUACAGCCGCAAGAAAUGCACAGCUCCUGGACCACCACACGGAGUUCCCGUUCUUGGAAACCUUUUCCAGGUGUUUGACAAACAGGCGUUCCUUAAACUGUGCGAUUGGCAAAAGGAGUUCGGAGAUGUCUACAAAUUGAAUCUGUUUACCGAAGAAGUUGUUGUGGUGAAUGGAGAUGCCAUUUAUGAUGUCUUAGUUACGAGCGGGGAUGAUUACGGUGGGCGAGUCCAGGCAGCUCGAGGUAGAAUUUACUCCAAUGGCUUUAGAAAUAUUGGUUUUAGGCAUCCUGAUAAAGAAUGGAAGACCAUGCGGAAAAUUGCUCAGAAAGGUUUGAAGCAGUAUGGAGAAGGCGUGGCCAACAUUGAGCGUAUAAGUAUGGAAGAGAUUCGUGAAUGCCUUGAUAAAUUUGACAUAACAGAGCCUUUCGAUCCGUCUGACGCAAUCAAAGACAUGGUUAUUGGAAUCAUCAUAAUAGUUUCAAUGGGUGUUAAACUAAGCGCUGAUGAUCCGUUAUUCAAGAAGAUCAAACGUACUGAAAAACUGUUUCCUCUUGCGUUCGGAGUUGAUACGUCAUACCUUGACGUGGUUCCUUGGCUAAGAAAUCUUCCCAACAAGGCUACUCAGGGGUUCAAUGAUGCAAUUAACGCAGUGCGACAAAUGGAAUCAGAAAUAUUUCAGAGAUCAACGAUUUGGCCAAACCUGUAUGGACUUCAUCACGAUGAGCGAUUCUUUCCAGAUCCCUACACCUUUAAUCCCGAGAGAUUCCUUGACUCAAAAGGAGAGUUAAUACCGGUCGAUGAGAGAAAAUAUUUGAUGCCAUUUGGAGGUGGUAAGAGGGUAUGUAUUGGAGAACAGCUGGCCAAGAUUCGAAUGUUCCUUUUCAUGACUACCUUGCUUCAACGUUACACACUGUGCCCCGAGCGAGAAGGAUGCCCUCCAAACUACGACUCGCGCAACCGCAAGAAAUGCACAGCUCCUGGACCACCACACGGAGUUCCCGUUCUUGGAAACCUUUUCCAGGUGUUUGACAAACAGGUGUUCCUUAAACUGUGCGAUUGGCAAAAGGAGUUCGGAGAUGUCUACAAAUUGAAUCUGUUUACCGAAGAAGUUGUUGUGGUGAAUGGAGAUGCCAUUUAUGAUGUCUUAGUUACGAGCGGGGAUGAUUACGGUGGGCGAGUCCAGGCAGCUCGAGGUAGAAUUUACUCCAAUGGCUUUAGAAAUAUUGGUUUUAGGCAUCCUGAUAAAGAAUGGAAGACCAUGCGGAAAAUUGCUCAGAAAGGUUUGAAGCAGUACGGAGAAGGCGUGGCCAACAUUGAGCGUAUCAGUAUGGAAGAGAUUUGCGAAUGCCUCAAUAAGUUUGACAAAACAGAGCCUUUCGAUCCGUAUGAUGCAAUCAAAGACAUGGUUAUUGGAAUCAUCAUAAUAAUUUCAAUGGGUGUUAAACUGAGCGCCGAUGAUCCGUUAUUCAAGAAGAUCAAACGUGCUGAAAAACUGUUCCCGUUUGCGUUUGGAGUUGAUACGUCAUACAUUGACGUGGUUCCUUGGCUAAGAAAUAUUCCCAACAAGGCUACUCAGGGGUUCAAUGAUGCAAUCAACGCAGUGCGACAAAUGGAAUCAGAAAUAUUUCAGAGAUCAAUGUCUAACGUGGAGAAAUCGAAAAUUGCUGGUGUAUUUGAUGCCAUUAAUUCAAAUAGCGAACAUCUGGACAAAUCCUUCAUUAAAGGCAUGACCAACGAUAUAACAAUCGCCGGAACAAUAACAACUACAGCACAGAUAAAAUCAUUGAUUGCAUUAACAGUUGACUAUCCGAAAGUACAACAGAAAUUACAAGACGAAAUAGAAACGGUAUUAGGACAAAGAUUACCAAAGUAUGACGAUCGGCACUCUAUGCCAUACAUGGAGGCAUUCAUAUUGGAGUCAAUGCGUUAUAUGUCGGAGGUCGCACUAUCUGUACCGCACGAAACCCUGAAGGACGUAACAUUGAGGGGGUACUUCAUACCCAAAGGCACCCAAAUUUGGCCAAACCUGUAUGGACUUCAUCACGAUGAGCGAUUCUUUCCAGAUCCCUACACCUUUAAUCCCGAGAGAUUCCUUGACUCAAAAGGAGAGUUAAUACCGGUCGAUGAGAGAAAAUAUUUGAUGCCAUUUGGAGGUGGAAAGAGAGUAUGUAUUGGAGAACAGCUGGCCAAGAUUCGAAUGUUCCUAUUCAUGACCACCUUGCUUCAGCGCUACACACUGUGCCCCGAGCGAGAAGGAUGCCCUCCAAACUACGACUCGCGCAAGUCAGUACUUGGAAUAGUGAUGCAGAUGCAUCCUUACAAGAUAAAGACGGUCGCGAGAUGA